GCGGAUGGAACCCGAAAUUUCGUCCAUUGGGUUCUCUGCAAAGCCACACCCGCAUGCGUUUAAAAGCUCUCCGCUCGCCCAGCGCUGCUCUGUCCCGUACGGAAGUCGUCUCUCUACUUUCAUCUCACAACCACCAUGUCCAAGGCUGUUGGUAUUGAUCUGGGUACUACCUACUCCUGUGUCGGCGUUUGGCAGAACGACCGUGUCGAAAUCAUUGCCAACGACCAGGGUAACCGCACUACCCCCUCGUAUGUCGCCUUCUCCGACUCUGAGCGUCUCAUUGGUGAUGCUGCCAAGAACCAGGUCGCCAUGAACCCCUUCAACACCGUCUUCGAUGCCAAGCGUCUCAUCGGCCGCCGCUUCAACGACGCCGAGGUCCAGUCUGACAUGAAGCACUGGCCCUUCAAGGUCGUCAACGUCGACACCAAGCCCCUCAUCCAGGUUGAGUUCAAGGGCGAGACCAAGACUUUCACCCCUGAGGAAGUCUCCUCCAUGGUUCUCCUGAAGAUGAAGGAGACUGCUGAGGCCUACCUCGGCACCACCGUCAAGGACGCCGUCGUCACCGUCCCCGCCUACUUCAACGACUCGCAGCGCCAGGCCACCAAGGACGCCGGUGUCAUCUCGGGCCUCAACGUCCUCCGUAUCAUCAACGAGCCCACCGCUGCCGCCAUCGCCUACGGUCUUGACAAGAAGAUUUCCGGCGAGCGCAACGUCCUCAUCUUCGAUCUCGGAGGUGGUACCUUCGAUGUCUCCCUCCUGACCAUCGAGGACGGUAUCUUCGAGGUCAAGGCCACCGCCGGUGACACCCAUCUUGGUGGUGAGGACUUUGACAACCGCCUCGUCUCGCACUUCACCGAGGAGUUCAAGCGCAAGCACAAGAAGGACCUGACCUCCAACGCCCGUGCCCUCCGCCGUCUCCGCACCGCUUGCGAGCGUGCCAAGCGCACCCUCUCGUCUGCUGCCCAGACCACCAUCGAGAUUGACUCUCUCUUCGAGGGUAUCGACUUCUACACCUCCAUCACCCGUGCCCGCUUCGAGGAGCUCUGCGCCGACCUCUUCCGCUCCACCAUCGACCCCGUCGAGAAGGUCCUCCGUGACGCCAAGAUGGACAAGGCCUCCGUCCACGAGAUUGUCCUCGUCGGUGGCUCCACCCGUAUCCCCAAGAUCCAGAAGCUCGUCUCGGACUUCUUCAACGGCAAGGAGCCCAACAAGUCCAUCAACCCCGAUGAGGCCGUUGCCUACGGUGCCGCCGUCCAGGCUGCCAUCCUCACUGGCGACACCUCCGAGAAGACCCAGGAUCUCCUCCUGCUCGAUGUCGCUCCCCUCUCUCUCGGUAUCGAGACUGCUGGCGGUGUCAUGACUGCCCUCAUCAAGCGCAACACCACCGUUCCCACCAAGAAGUCCGAGAUCUUCUCGACCUACGCCGACAACCAGCCCGGUGUUCUCAUCCAGGUCUACGAAGGUGAACGCGCCCGCACCAAGGACAACAACCUCCUCGGCAAGUUCGAGCUCACCGGCAUUCCCCCCGCCCCCCGCGGUGUCCCCCAGAUCGAGGUCACCUUCGAUGUCGAUGCCAACGGUAUCCUGAACGUCUCUGCCGUCGACAAGACCACCGGUCGCUCCAACAAGAUCACCAUCACCAACGACAAGGGCCGUCUGUCCAAGGAGGAGAUCGAGCGCAUGGUUGCCGAUGCCGAGAAGUACAAGGCUGAGGAUGCCGCCGCUGCCGACCGCAUCCAGUCCAAGAACGGUCUCGAGACCUACGCAUACAACCUCCGCAACUCGAUCAACGACGAGAAGCUCUCUGCUGCCUUCAAGCCCGGAGACAAGGCCAAGCUCGAGUCUGCCGUCCAGGAGGUCAUCAACUGGCUCGACCACAACCAGGAGGCCUCCAAGGAGGAGUACGAGCACAAGCAGAAGGACCUCGAGAAGGUUGCCAACCCCAUCAUGAGCAAGCUCUACGGUGGUGCCGCCCCCGGCGGUGCUGCUCCCGGUGGCUUCCCCGCCGAGGGCCCCGGCCACUCUGGCCCCACCGUUGAGGAGGUCGACUAAACGGCUCUGUUCCCCCGCAUCCAUCACCCUUCUGCCGUCUUACCCAUGUGCGCCCCCUCCCCCUUUCAUUCUGCUAUUCCACACGAACGGGCAUUGCUUUGAGUGAUAGUCCAAGAGAUGUUGUCCAUUGUACAUAAUGAUAAAACAAUGACUUUACCAAAAGCAA